UAGAGCAGAGCUGUUAGCUUAGCGUAGUGCGUCACCAUACGUGCGCCCUCGUGACAAAUGGUGACUGCACCCGACAGCCCCAAGUGUCCUGCCAAACCUAUUUGCCUAUUCGCGUAGACUGACGUGAUUUACAUACAUAUAUACAUAUGUAUAUAAAAUAUUAUAUUACAUUCCAUUUAACUUUUGUAUAUCAAAUAAGCAUACAUUAAUCAAUACGGUUGAUUAAAAUUUAAUUGACAUAUGGUGUUCCAUUAAACAAGCGACUCGUCGUCAUCGUCAUCGUCGCCGUCGUUGUGGUAUGUCCAUAUAUUUGUUUAUUGAGUGAGCGAGCGCGUAUGUUUUGUACUCCAAGUGACCUGACUGAUGAAGAUGCCAUUAAAAAGUGAUCAAGAGAUUAUGGAAAAUUCAAUGCUUGAGGAGGAUCCGAAUGGAAAUUCGGCACUCGAACAGGUAUUCAACACAGAAAAGAAUUCUCCUCGGUGGGGACCACAACAUAAGGGUGCACAAGAGCUUGCUAAGCUGUAUGGCCCAGGGAAACGUCUACAAGAGAUAGUCUGCGUUUACACCUGCAUCGCACUCAUGUUAGUUGACCUGAUACUGAUCCUAAAACAUAUACAUUUUGAAAGACUGAGUGUGGCUUGUGUAGCGGCGUUGUGUGGUAUUAUAACGGCCGACUUCGGUUCCGGAUUAGUCCACUGGGCAGCUGAUACUUGGGGUAGCGUUGAAUUACCGGUCAUUGGGAAGAAUUUUUUACGGCCUUUCCGUGAACAUCAUCUGGAUCCAACGUCUAUAACGCGGCAUGACUUCAUUGAAACCAAUGGUGACAACUUUAUGGUUAGCAUACCCAUAUUGGGCUUCUUAGCAUACAGCUUUAACACGAAAUCACCUCAAGAUAUCCAGCAAGAUUUUGGCUGGAUAUCAUAUUUGUUUUUGUGUUCAAUAUUUGUGGCUAUGACAAAUCAGAUUCACAAAUGGUCGCAUACUUAUUGGGGUCUACCGAGAUGGGUUCUCUUCUUGCAAAACUAUCACAUAGUAUUACCACGAAAACAUCACCGCAUACAUCACGUAGCACCGCAUGAGACAUAUUUUUGCAUUACUACGGGCUGGCUGAAUUGGCCAUUAGAAAAGAUUAAAUUCUGGCCCACGUUAGAGGCUAUAAUUGAAUACUGUACAGGCUGCAAGGCACGCGACGAUGACCUCAAGUGGGCAAAAAAGAUGACAUAACUGUAUUGGGAUAAAGCUGAGAAAUGGGCUUUAAUCCUCGAGAUCCUCACAAACUAGUCGAGAACCAUACAUACAAAUGAACGUAUGCACCGGAAUGUGUGUACACGUGUGGAUGUUUCUGCAAAUCACACAAAAAAAUUUGUUAAACUCUUAUGAUAAUUUUUCUUGCGCUGAAUGUACAAAUGCUGAAUAUACAAAUCGCAUCAGUUUAUCCAUA